AUUCAUCCUACAAAUCGAGUUCGAUACGUUCUGCAGUUGAAAAAUGAUGGGAUCGGAGCUGAUUUAUAGAGGCUCUGAAACCCAGCCUGCUUCCGAUCCAUAUUCGCCUAAACCCGUCAAACCAUGGGCCUCCGUCACUCGUCCGAUCCAUUAUCUCCUCCGCGAACAACGCCUUCUCUUUGUCUUCGUCGGCAUUGCCGUAGCCAGCCUGAUUUUCACCGUCUUCCCAGCUUCACCGGCUCCCCACGGCCGCUUCACCACCCUGAUCCCUGAUUCCAUCACCUACUUCACCGUGGAGACCCAACAGAAAUUCUCCUACGUCCCGCACCGCCUUGGAUUCGGGUCGGCCAACCCGACGGGCAAGAUCCCGUUGGGGCUGAAACGGAAGGGUUUAAGGAUCGUGGUGACGGGCGGAGCCGGGUUCGUUGGAUCCCACCUCGUGGACCGUCUGAUCGCGAGAGGAGACAGCGUGAUCGUGGUCGAUAGCUUCUUCACCGGACGGAAAGAGAACGUGAUGCACCAUUUCGGGAAUCCGAACUUCGAGCUCAUCCGACACGACGUUGUCGAAGCGUUGCUAGUGGAGGUUGACCAAAUAUACCACCUGGCCUGCCCGGCUUCCCCGGUCCAUUACAAAUUCAAUCCCGUCAAAACAAUCAAGACAAACGUGGUUGGAACACUGAACAUGUUAGGUCUGGCAAAAAGAGUAGGUGCCAGGUUCUUGUUGACCAGCACCAGCGAAGUCUACGGAGAUCCACUCCAACAUCCUCAGAAAGAAACUUAUUGGGGCAAUGUUAAUCCCAUCGGUGUCCGUAGCUGUUACGAUGAGGGAAAACGCACUGCUGAAACCUUGACCAUGGAUUAUCACCGAGGAGCCGGAGUCGAGGUUAAGAUUGCUAGAAUUUUCAAUACUUAUGGACCUCGUAUGUGCAUCGAUGAUGGUCGUGUCGUUAGCAAUUUCGUAGCUCAGGCCUUAAGGAAGGAGCCUUUGACUGUGUAUGGUGAUGGGAAGCAGACGAGGAGUUUCCAAUAUGUUUCUGAUCUGGUGGAGGGUCUCAUUCGCUUGAUGGAAGGAGAACAUAUCGGACCUUUUAAUCUUGGAAACCCCGGAGAAUUCACCAUGCUCGAGCUUGCCGAGGUGGUUCAGGAAACAAUUGAUCCGAAUGCGAUGAUCGAGUUCCGACCCAACACAGAAGAUGAUCCUCACAAGAGGAAGCCUGAUAUCACCAGAGCCAAAGAGCUACUUGGUUGGGAACCCAAGGUGUCUCUCCGCAAGGGUCUACCUCUAAUGGUGUCGGACUUCCGGCAACGUGUAUUCAGUGACCACAAGGAGGGCAGCAACGCCAACAAUGGAUCAUCAUCUUAAGGUCUCGUAUUUACACAUUUCGAAACACCAAAUCAAAUAUAGUUAGCGGCCGCGAUGGCAGCAGCAAAUGA